UUUGCAUGCUCCCACAUGUGGGAGAGCAGCAACGUGAAUUUUCAGCCUCCAUUUUUAACAAACAGCUACUUUUCCCUUUUUUUAAUCUGAAGACCCAAUUGAAUUCAAGGAGUCGGAAGGGCUCUGAAAACAUCUCCUCCUCAGAGGCACAUCGGGGAAGGAAAAUCACAGCGGCUCCAUGGCCAAAGGGAAGAAGAAGGCGGCGUCGAAGGGGAAGAAGAUCACGCUCAAGAUGGCCAAGAACCAGCUGAGGCUGACGGCGGACGGCAAACGCAGGCUAGACCUCAGCAACAUGAAGAUUGACGCCUUCCCCAAGUGCCUGCUGAAGAUGGCCGACGUCGACGAGCUGGACCUGAGCAGGAAUGUACUGAGGACCAUCCCUGACUACAUCGACCGCUUCCUCAACCUGCGAUAUUUGGACCUGCACAGCAACCGCAUCGAGCAGCUGCCUGAGGCCCUGGGCCGGCUGCAGACCCUGCGGCACCUCAACCUGUGCAACAACCGGCUGACCGCCACUGGCAUUCCCUCCCAGCUGGGCCGCCUGUCCUCCCUGCGCAGCCUCAACCUGGGCAUGAACCGGCUGGAAACCCUGCCGGCCUGCAUCGGGGCACUGCGAGACCUCCAGGAGCUCGGCCUCUUUGACAACCUGCUCACGUCGGUGCCGAGUGCCAUCCGCGGUCUCCCCAGCCUCCGCAAACUCAACACCCUGCGCAACCCCUUAGCCGCGAGCACCGAGGCCCGGCGGGAGGGGCCCACUGACAGCGUGGAGCACCUCUACCUGGUGAGGGAGGAUAGCCUGUGCAAACUCUGCCUGGGUAAGUGUAGGGAGGACAGGCAGAAGAUCAGCAAGCAGGCCCAGGUCCCUUGCAGGAGGACCGCCUUCUCUGGGCUCGUCGUGCCAAACUCCACAGCCCAGGAAAGCCAGGUCCUGUGGAGGUGAGCGUGGCUGCUUUGGGAGAGCAGCUCUGGCUAAGGGCCAUCUGGACACGGUUGAGUGUUACAUCUGUGUAAUGGGACGUAUUUAAUAUGGCUUCGGCAUCCUGAUUUCUGUUUUUGUGUCGGAGGUUUGACAUGGUCUUUGGUCAUUAGAAAAGGACAGGCUAAAGAGUACAGAAAAAGUAGCAGAGUUUCCCUAAACUGAGCAUAAUGCAAUGCUGUCAUAAAACACUAAUUAAAACGUCAACACA